AUGGCAAGCUUCAAAGAGAGCAUCAGACAGGCAUUGAAAAAUAUAAUUCAAAAACAAACGAAGUUGGGAUUAAACAGCAGAUUUGUAUUCGGCAAAAUAUUAAAAGGCGUUAAUGAAGCAGCAGCUCUUGAAAAUUGGGAGGAUCUCAAACUGCUUAAAUUUGUUGGUGAAAAAACACUUGGAAGAAUAAAAGAAGAGACUUUUGAAGUGAGAAAAGCAAGUGGUCAAUGCAGCAACAAGGCUGACUUAUCAAAUGAAAGCCAGCUUAUGAAAAAGAUAGAAGUCUCAGAUGACUUGUACAGAUACAAUGUUUAUAAUUCGCAUAUCAGCCAGGAAAAUAUGGAACAUGCUAAUAAAGUGAAUAUAUAUCGUAAUAGCAGUUCAGGGCAUGACGGCCAAUUGAAAAUCGAAUUCCCAAGUGACGAUUCCUAUGUUGAAUAUCUUAAAAAGACAUGUAAGAGGUAUGAGCAGUCAGAUACUAAUGGAAAUAGGGAUUGCACCAGCCAUGCAGAUAUUUCCGAGGAUACCUUAUUAAAUGAUACAGUAUGGGACGUCGAAGGAAAGAUUGAUUGCUGUGAUAUUCAAAAGGGCUCGAUUGGCAACAUCGUAAUCGGAGAUACAGAUAUGGGUGAUGAUGACAGUGAUCUAAGCUCUGAGCUAAUAAUCUUGAAUGAAAACGAUCUAAAGAAUACCCAAAAGAUAACAGAAACCACCAAUACCGAUUUAGAAAAGAUAUUUGACAGCUUCAGUGAUUUAAACUUAGAAGAGUUCAAGAUAAACAAAGCGAACCUUUCAAACAACGUUUCUUCCAUUGAUAGCAGCUUUAUCAACUCAUCAAAUACUGCUUCCUCCUUUGGCUCGAGUAUUAUGAGCAAUGCCACAAUGAACAAUAUUAGAGAUAAUCCAAAUACUUUAACUAAUACAAGACCGCUAUACGAUAGCAUAGGAUUUGCGGAUAAUAGCAGAUCCUUGGGGCAGGAUCCACAACGAAAAAGAAAGUAUGUUCCCGGAUACAGAACAGCUGCAUACGCUAUUCUCAAAGCCUUGUAUCACUAUAAUGGCUCACACAAGCAUCUGAUCGUAUUGAGGGCAACACCUUACACAGAUGCUGAGUUUGAUAAAAGCCAACGGUUUUCGGCAUUUUCAUCAUUUAAGACCCUCCAAAAAAAAGGAUUAAUCCAAAUAGACUCAGACUCCCGCUGCUAUCUCACACAGGCAGGAUCUGAGCUAUGCUCGGCAAUGUUCACGAACGACUCGAUCAGCACAGUUGAGGACCAAAAUAUCCAAAUUGUAAUCGAUUCUAGAGAGAAAAAGAAUAAUAGAGAUAGGGCAUUCUUUCAAGGGCACUUUUCAUCGAAGGGGAUACCUAACCAAACUAGAUACUUGAAUGUUGGAGACUUUAUCUGGCUAAAGAAUGAAAGAGUGGUUGAUGUUAUUGUGGAGAGGAAACAGACAUCUGACUUUGUAAGCAGUAUUUCUGAUGGAAGAUUUAGGGAACAGAAAAAUAGACUUAAAAACAUGGGGUUUACUGUUUUUUAUUUGGUUGAGAAUAUGAAGGUAGAGGAGAGUAGAAAGAACUACGUGAAUAGAUGCUUGCUGGAGGUCAGGUGCAUGGAUUUAUAG